CUUGUCAUGACUAAAAAUUUCCGAACUCUUAAGCAGUCACUUCCUAGGAGAGCGUGAACACAUAAAUCAUCUUCCUUUGAGUUUUUGCGCGCAGCUCUCUAUCUUCUCUAUCUUCAACAAACAAGGUAUGCAACGGGUUAAAGAGCGGGGCUUCGGAGUCCUCCUCUCUUGUUCGCCACGAUGAACAAAUGAACUCUUGGGGAAUGAAAUUUAAAUUCCAUAAAGGAGAAAAAGUUCUCUGUUUUGAACCUGACCCAUCCAAGGCCAAGGUGCUCUACGAUGCGAAGGUUGUUGACAUCGCAACAGUGAAAGAUGACAAAGGGAAAAGGGUCCCAAAGUAUCUGAUUCAUUUCAAUGGUUGGAACAGAAGUUGGGAUCGCUGGGCUGCAGAGGAUCAUGUGCUCAGAGAUUCUGACAAUAAUCGCAAAUUACAACGUAAACUGGCACGCAAAGCUUUGGCUCGCAUGAGGAAAAAGGGAUGGAAGAAGCGACGCUGUCGUCUGCCGGGUGUUAACUCAAUCUCGAAAUCCCUCACUGAAGAGGAAAAGGAGAAGAGUGAUGAUGCUUCUUUGAUCUCGCCAUCUGAUGAUAGUGACAAAGACAUUUCAGAUCAGGAGUCCUUAAAAAGUGAGAGUGACUCAUCAGAGGAUAUGAACAAUAUGAGGGAAGAGCAGGAGCCGCAGACCAAAAAGGAGAGUGAAGACAAGAGCAUCACUGUAAACAUUGACAUCCCUGAUGUUCUCAAGAAGAAGCUGGAGGACGACUGUUAUUAUAUCAACAAAAGAAAGAAGCUGGUGAAGCUUCCAUGCCUGGUGAAUGUAGUAAAUAUUCUGGAGUCCUAUGUGAAGCACUUCACCCUAAAUGCAGCUUUCUCAGCUAAUGAGCGCUGUCGGCACCCUCAGAGCUCCCUGCAGACAAAUAUGAGUCCACACUAUAUGCCACCUGAGAGGAACGAUGAGCUCUGCAAAGAAAUGGUGGACGGUUUGAGGAUCACAUUUGACUUUACCCUUCCACUAAUUCUACUGUACCCAAACGAACAAGCUCAGUUCAAAAAAGUCAGCUCUUCCAAGUUCUUCCAACCAGUCAUUGACAGCACAACUUGCACCAGUAGAACUUUCAGAGAACGCUCCCCCAGUCCUUGCCAGAAUCCCUCCACCCCCCAGUCCACAGACAGCCAACCAGCUCUGAGUGAAUCCUCCAGUGUCCCUGUCAUCAUGGCAACCCCACCUAAGCGCAGACGCAGUGCCUACCUGGAUUCUGAUGCUACACAAUCUUUGCGUCGCUCAACACGCACUACAUCUGGGGGGGAACGGGUGGCAGAGACUGGGGGUGGAGGCAGCAGCAAUGCCUCUCCUCAACCAAAGCGAAGGCCUGCUGAGGUGCAGUCACCACUACCCAAGUUCUUCCUCAACCUAGAGAAGAAGACUCCUGUUCACAGUGGCUCAUCCUCUCCUUUGCCUAUGACUCCCAGCAGGGAUAGCACUGGAGGGCUUUUCUCAGGGCUGGAAACUCAGAUGAACUACGAAUUAAAUGAGGUUCUGAGCUGGAGACUGACGCCAGAUAACUACCCUCAGAGUGACCAGCUUCCCCCUCCUUCUUACCUCUAUGGCGCUCAGCACCUGCUUCGGCUAUUUGUUAAACUUCCAGAAAUCUUGAGGAAGAUGCACAUACCAGAAAAGAACCUGAGUGCACUAGUGAAACACUUCGAGCUUUUUCUCAGGUUUUUGGCAGAGUUUCAUGAGGACUUCUUUCCAGAGUCUGCAUAUGUGUCUGCAAUGGAAGCACAUUACAGCAUGAAGCAACCACGCUCAGUCUUCUAAGAAUCCUUUAUAGAGAGAGUUUAUUUUGUGCUGUGUUCUUCUGAAUUUCUGGUCCACCCCUGACACUGAAUGUUCUUCUACUUGCAAAUUCUAUAAAUUUCCUUUAAUUGUUUCACCUGUCCAUUUGUAACUGUUCAUUUGCAGUGCAUAACAAAACUUUCAUGACAAUCUUUUUUUUUAUUUUUUAUGGUUUUACUAUUUUAAAGCAUUUUGAAUACAGUUGUGCAAAAUGAUAAUUUUCUUGUUUUCUAAUUUUUCUGUGGUAUAUUCUGUAUAGUAUAUACCAUUACCUCAAACAAGUAUUUGUGUUUUUUUUUUUCUAUCCAAAAUGGAAUGACUGACUACAUUUGCCUUGGUCAUACUUAUUUUGCUUGUCCUUUCCAUUUCCUUCCUCUGUAUGUACUUAAACAAGCAAUUGUGCAAAAGCCAGAUGUUUGUUGCACAUUUGUACAUUUUUGCCACCCAGAAUUGUAGUAACAUUGUUAAUAAUGCAUUUUUUUAUUAUUAUGAGCUCCACUGAUAAUUGCUUUGUCAUGCAUUUACUCAUAAAAAGAUAUUUGCUUUAUUGUACAUUACUGUAUAUAAAGUUAUCUGUGGUAAAAUAUUUCAUCUCUUUUCUUUGUGUGAAAAUAGGACAAGUCUAGAUUUUAAAAAUAUUUUAUCCCAUUAAUUAUAAUGAUUAAGUUGAUUAUUUACAUGUUCCUUUUUCUGUAUAUUCUAUGGUGUAUUGUAUAUGUCUAUCAAAGCCACUGUCAAUUAUUAUGGUGGUGCUUAAUUAUUCAAUAUAUUAUUCAAACAUUUGUUUACAGUGUUUAAAUGAGAGAUUGGUAUCAGGAAAAUUUGUGUUUUAUUGGCAUUGAUUUCAAAAGUUAAACAAUUAUUUAAUUAUAGAAUGUGUAAACAUUAAGAUGUCGCUUUUAUUACUGAAUUUGUAUUAAAAAAAUCUAGAUUGACAUGUCCAUAGGUUUGUCAACACCUGUGAUGACAAGAAAGGCUGUGCCCCCAUUACUUAUUUAAAAUUUUGUGUCUCAUUGGAGAUGCUCUAAGCUUUCUGCAGAGCAGCUGCCAAGCAAAACUAUGGAAUGCCAAAGCUUCCACAAAAAUGUAUAAAUAUACAAGGAAAUAUAAAAAGAAUAAUAAAUGCAUAAAUCCACAGAGAAAUGCAAAUAAAUAAUUAUUUUUAUUUAUGUUUUCUUAUUUAUGUACAUCCCCAAUUCCAGAAAAGUUGGGACAUUUUGUAAAAUGCAAUAAAGUCAAGAAUCUGUGACUGGUUAA